GGUCCACACGCCGCGGUCCCGGUCACGUGAAGGCGACGAUUCGCGCCAAUUUCGGUUGGGCGCCCGCAGUCCGCCGCGCGGAGCUGCUGCGGUGUCCCAGGAGCGUGAGUUCUCAGUCCACCAGCUGCUGCCGCCCGGUCUCCGGCACCCAUGGCACUGAAGGACUACGCGCUCGAGAAAGAAAAGGUGAAGAAGUUCCUGCAAGAGUAUUACAAGGAUGACGAAUUUGGCAGAAAGCAGUUUAAGUAUGGGGACCAAUUGGUUCAGCUGGCUCAUCGGGAGCAAGUGGCGAUGUACAUCGACCUGGAUGACAUAGCUGAGGAGGACCCCGAGCUGGUGGACUCUAUUUGUGAGAACACCAAGCGCUACUCUCGGCUCUUUGCUGAUGUCGUGCAGGAGCUGCUGCCUCAGUACAAGGAGAGGGAGGUGGUGAACAAAGAUGUCCUGGACGUUUACAUCGAGCACCGGCUGAUGAUGGAGCAGAGGACCCGGGACCCUGGGGCAACCCGAAGCCCGCAGAACCAGUACCCUCCUGAGCUCAUGCGCAGAUUCGAGCUGUACUUCCAAGGCCCAAGCAGUAGCAAGCCUCGCGUGAUCCGGGACGUACGGGCUGACUCUGUGGGGAAAUUGGUGACUGUUCGUGGGAUCGUCACACGCGUCUCUGAAGUCAAACCCAGAAUGGUGGUGGCCACGUAUACUUGCGACCAGUGUGGAGCAGAAACCUACCAGCCAAUCCAGUCUCCCACUUUCAUGCCCCUGAUCAUGUGCCCAAGCCAGGAGUGCCAGACCAACCGCUCAGGGGGGCGACUGUAUCUGCAGACACGUGGCUCUAAAUUCAUCAAGUUCCAGGAGAUAAAGAUGCAAGAACAUAGUGAUCAGGUGCCUGUGGGAAACAUCCCGCGCAGCAUCACUGUGCUGGCCGAGGGCGAGAACACCAGGAUCGCCCACCCAGGGGACCAUGUCAGCGUCACUGGCAUCUUCUUGCCCAUCCUGCGCACUGGGUUCCACCAGGUAGUUCAGGGGCUGCUCUCGGAAACCUACCUGGAAGCCCAUCGCGUGGUGAAGAUGAGCAAGAGUGAUGAUGACGAGGCGGCGGUCACGGAGCUGAGCAGAGAAGAGUUGAGGCAGAUCGCAGAGGAAGACUUUUAUGAGAAGCUGGCAGCGUCCAUCGCCCCGGAGAUCUACGGGCACGAGGAUGUGAAGAAGGCUCUGUUGCUCCUGUUAGUGGGGGGUGUGGACCAGUCCCCCCGCGGCAUGAAGAUCAGGGGCAACAUCAAUAUCUGCCUAAUGGGGGACCCCGGGGUGGCCAAGUCCCAGCUCCUGUCCUACAUCGAUCGCCUGGCCCCACGCAGCCAGUACACAACGGGACGGGGCUCCUCGGGCGUGGGGCUGACGGCCGCGGUGCUCAGGGACUCGGUGACCGGAGAGGUGACCCUGGAGGGGGGCGCCCUGGUACUGGCCGACCAGGGCGUGUGUUGCAUUGACGAGUUUGACAAGAUGGCCGAGGCCGACCGCACAGCCAUCCAUGAGGUCAUGGAGCAGCAGACCAUCUCCAUCGCCAAGGCGGGCAUUAUUACCACCCUCAACGCCCGCUGCUCCAUCCUGGCAGCCGCCAACCCGGCCUACGGGCGCUACAACCCUCGCCGCAGCCUGGAGCAGAACAUCCAGCUCCCCGCUGCCCUGCUGUCUCGUUUUGACCUGCUCUGGCUCAUCCAGGACCGGCCGGACCAAGACAAUGACUUGCGGCUAGCGCAGCACAUCACCUACGUGCACCAGCACAAUCGGCAGCCCCCCACCCAGUUUGAACCCCUGGACAUGAAGCUUAUGAGGCGGUACAUCGCCAUGUGCCGGGAGAAGCAGCCCGCAGUGCCCGAAUCCCUGGCCGACUACAUCACGGCUGCCUAUGUGGAGAUGCGGCGCGAGGCCUGGGCCAGCAAGGACGCCACCUUCACCUCUGCUCGGACGCUGCUGGCCAUCCUGCGGCUGUCCACAGCGCUGGCACGGCUGCGGAUGGUGGACACAGUGGAGAAAGAAGAUGUCAACGAGGCCAUCAGGCUCAUGGAGAUGUCCAAGGACUCACUGCUGGCCGACAGGGGCCAGGUGUCCAGGACCCAGAGGCCAGCAGACGUGAUCUUCGCCACUGUCCGGGAGCUGGUCUCCCAGGGCCCCAGCGUCCGCUUCUCGGAGGCAGAGCAGCGCUGCAUCUCGCGGGGCUUCACACCUGCCCAGUUCCAGGCAGCCCUGGAUGAGUACGAGGAGUUAAAUGUCUGGCAGGUCAACAACGCCCGCACGCGAAUCACUUUUGUCUGAUCGAAUCGCUUUUGUCUGAUGGAGAUGCUGGAGACACUGGGGAAGGGGAUAGGAUACCUCCUUUCCCACGAGUUGCACUUCUUAUACUUUGCUAAUAAAA